AUGGACUUUGACCGCGUCUGGUGGCGCGAAGUGGUCAUCUAUGAGAUCUAUGUCCAGUCAUUUCAAGACAGCAACAAUGAUGGGAUUGGAGAUCUUCAGGGCAUCAUCAAUCGGCUUGAUUAUCUGAAGAACCUUGGCGCCGAUAUGCUCUGGCUGACUCCAAUUUAUGAGUCGCCCCUGGAGGAUCAAGGAUACGAUAUAUCCAACUAUAGAGCGAUCAAUCCUCUGUUUGGCACCAUGGAGACAUGGGAGAAGAUGUGUCACGAGAUCCACAAGCGAGGCAUGAAGCUGAUGAUGGAUAUGGUGUUCAAUCACACUAGUUCCCAGCAUAAAUGGUUCCUCGAAUCAAAGAAGAGCCGGGAAAAUCCCAAGAGGAACUGGUAUUUCUGGAAGAGGGGGAAGACGGGACCGAAUGGGGAAAGGCUGCCACCCAACAACUGGGAGAGUCUUUUUGGAGAUUUACAUCUCUUCUCAUCAUCUCAGCCAGACCUAAACUGGGACAACCCCGAAGUUCGCGAGGAGAUAUGUGAUACUAUUCGAUUUUGGGGCGAGAAGGGAACUGACGGGUUCCGUUUUGAUGUUGUGAACCUCAUCUCCAAAGUUCCCGGUCUCCCUGACGCUCCGAUUGUGAAUCCGGAUAAGUAUGAGCAGCCGGCUCUGAUGAUGUUCACGAAUGGGCCGAAUGUCCAUGAGUAUAUUCACGAGGUGAAUACCAAGGCACUGAGUAAAUUCAACUGCUGUUCCGUUGGAGAGAUGCCCUGCGGAGUGUCCGAGUUUGAAGCCAGCGAGUACGUCGGCAAAGACCGCCGGGAGCUCUCGAUGGUCUUCCAGUUCCAUCACAUGGACCUAGACGCCACCGACGGCGACAAAUGGAAGAUUCGCAAGUGGGAGCUCCCGGAGUUUGCUCGCGUGAUGCGCAUCUGGCAGCAACAUAUGCUGGGCAACCACGGAUGGAACUCCUUGUAUAUCGAGAACCACGACCAGCCCCGAUGCUUGUCUCGCUUUGGCUCGCGGGAUCCCAAGUAUCGGUCAGUAUCUGCCAAGAUGCUUGGUACCUUCCUCCUGUCCAUGCGAGGCACCAUUUAUCUCUACCAGGGCCAGGAAUUGGGAGUUCCCCAUCCGGAGAAUUGGAAGAUUGAAGAUUAUAAGGAUGUCGAAACGCAACAAUACUACCAAGCCAUGUAUGAGGAGCGAAAGAAACAGAACCCCGACAAGGAGCCCGACAUGUCGGAUGUCAUGUACUCCAUCCAGCUGAAAAGCCGCGACAAUGCCCGCACGCCGAUGCAGUGGGACACAAGUCCCAAUUCAGGCUUCACAGGGCCCGGGGUGACUCCCUGGCUGAAGAUGAAUGAAAGGUACACGGACCUGAACGUGUAUACGCAGGAACGGGAUCCAGACUCGGUGCUCAACUAUUACCGGAAACUGGUCCUUUUGCGCAAACAACAUCCCUUGCUGUUCUACGGCGCCUUUGUGCCCAUCAACCCGACGCACAAACAGAUCUUUUCUUUCCUGCGCGCGCAGGGGCCUUUCCGUACGCUGAUCGCAUGCAACUUCUCCAACGAGGAGGCGACGUACGACAUCCCAAACGAGAUCGACAUCGACCUGGCGGUGUUGGUGAUUGCCAACUACCACGUCACGGAGCCGAAGCUGGAAUAUCGGACCAUCUUCCGACCGUGGGAGGCGAGGGUUUAUACGUUGCGGAACUAG